AUGCAAGAGGGAGAAAAAUGGGGUGGUAGUCCUGCAAGGCAAAGCCCCACCAGAUUCAAUGGCAGACCUCUGCUGACGAAUAUAAAUUCGAAUUUGUCUCUACCUGCCAUCAUCGCCUAACUUUUUCCAUAAAAGCUUCAGGAACAAGAAGAAGAUAAAACCCAUAGCUGUUAUCUCUCUCAAGAAGCACUGACCGCCUUGGUUUUCUAGGGUUUCCUGUUAGUUUGGACACAAGCAUCACUUCAAUUUCAUUUCAAACCAAGGAUCAGAUGAGAAUUCUGCGAUGUUAAGGGUUUUUGUAAUGUUAAUAAAUAAUAAAUCUUCUUCAUAGGUUUAUCUACUUGUGCUAUUACACCUUAGGCUUUUCAAGUCAAUUCUUGUUGGAUCCUUUCAUCCAAAGGAUGCAUGGAUUCUCUACAGUUGACGGCUUUGUGGAGAUAGCUGAAAGCUCGGCAGAGAUGAUCAAGUAUAUAGCAAAUGAACCUUCAACUGGGCUUUUCUACAUUCAACAGCAUACAAAAAAUGCUGUUCCCAAUGUUAUCAAUCUGAAGAAUAGUGUGGUACACAAAUCUCAUGAAACAACUCUCCACACUGAAGAUUCGGAGGAUUCGAUCACGAUGUUAAGAUCGAUGAAAGAAUGUGGUUUUCCUAUUGCUGAUGAGAUGAUCAGAGACAUAAGGAAGUCUCUUGCUAUAAUGUCAACCAAACAGCCAAGAAGGGGCUUGAUCCAUAAUACUUCUGGCAUGCAGCAACAACAGCCAGGGAGAAUGAGCACCUGGAGAUCGACCAGUUGGGGGCGAAGAGCAAUUGGAGCCCCAUUUAAUGAUGACAGUGGAGGUUAUAUUUCAACAGUAUUCAAGUCAGCAAGAGAAAAGGCGAGCAACUUUAAGUGGCCACAGCUUGACAUCAAGGAAGAUCUUGCAGAAGUUGAAGUUGAUAAACUACAGCCACAAGCUAUCCAACCGCCAGUUGCUUCUACUACUUCUAGCUCGUCACAGCCAGAUGUGGACAAUGAGGAGUUGCCUCUGUCCAGUCAAGUUAAUGAUCAGUCGCAACAGGAUGACAUGGUUGAUGAAUGCUUGAAUACUGAUUUACUUUCGGUGUCCGAUAACUUCGAUGAUUUCAGGGCUGAUAAAGAAGCGAAACUGGAGGAGUGGUUGGGAGGAUCUAGCGGCUUGAAUAAUUUAAGAGAUUUGAGGGCAGGGUAAGGCCAUUGACAUUGAUUUUGAAGUAGUGUUGAUGCCUUUUACAGUGCCUUUUUUUACUGUAAAAAUGAUAAUAACAAAAAUCACUCUAGACACACGUUCUUUUCUUCAUUUUGUCCGACCCCGAAUUGCACUAGUGAAGAGUUGUAUUUCCAUAGCUUUGUAACAUGAUGUUAUUCUUACUGGAAUAAGUAUUUACUGAGUGCCAUAUGUUCAAUUUUACCUUUCACAUUUGAAAACUGAUAAAGGAUUUCAAUACAAUUGUACCUAGAAGGUACUGGACUGUCUUGGAAAUUAAACUGCUUGGUUUAAGGAU